AUGCCCUGGGAUCCUCCAGAUGGGGAGGCUGAGGCUUGGGGAGGCCAGGGCGGGCGGGGUGCCAGUGAUACUGUCGCCUCCAUCCUCCCUCCUAGUGGCCUGUCAGUAUUGAUCCGCGUACGCCUGGAGCUGCGACGGCACCAGCGCGCUGGCCACACCAUUCCGGGCAUCUUCCAGGCGGUGGCACAGCGGCAGCCUGAGUGUCUGGCACUGGUGGACGCCGGCAGUGGCGCGUGCUGGACUUUUGCACAGCUGGAUGCCUACUCCAAUGCUGUGGCCAACCUCUUCUGCCAGCUGGGUUUCGCUCCGGGCGACGUGGUGGCCAUCUUCCUGGAGGGCCGGCCCGAGUUUGUGGGGCUGUGGCUGGGCCUGGCCAAGGCGGGCGUGGAGACUGUUCUGCUCAAUGUGAACCUGCGGCGCGAGCCCCUGGCCUUCUGCCUGGGCACCUCGGGUGCCAAGGCCUUGAUCUUUGGAGGAGAAAUGGCGGCAGCGGUAGCCGAGGUGAGCGGGCAGCUGGGGAAGAGUCUGCCCAAGUUCUGCUCUGGAGACUUGGGGCCCGAGGGCAUCUUGCCAGACACGCACCUCCUGGACCCACUGCUGAAGGAGGCGUCCACUGCCCCACUGGCAGAGUCCCCUGGCAAGAGCAUGGACGAUCGGCUCUUUUACAUCUACACGUCGGGGACCACGGGGCUGCCCAAGGCCGCCAUCGUUGUCCACAGCAGGUACUACCGCAUUGCCGCCUUCGGCCACCAUGCCUACCGCAUGCAGGCGGCUGACGUCCUCUACGAUUGCCUGCCACUGUACCUCUCGGCAGGGAACAUCAUGGGCGUGGGGCAGUGUCUCCUCUACGGGCUGACCGUCGUCCUCCGCAAGAAAUUCUCAGCCAGCCGCUUCUGGGAUGACUGUGUCAAGUACAACUGCACGGGGUCCCCAGAAUGGCCGUCGAGGGUGGGGAUGCGGGGGGUGGCCAGUGUUUCCUGA